GUGAUACUAAAUUAAUUGAAUUAAAUUACCUAAUAAUACCGCCUUUGUUUGAAUUUUAAAAAGUACCUAUAUUUUAAGAGGAUGUGAUUUUGUAAGAUGAAUAAGUACCUAUAGGUACCUAUACGUCAAAAAAUACUUAGAGCAAAAAUUCAGCACUGAUGCAAUAAGGUAGUGAAGUGAGGGCUUAAAUAUUAGCGCAGACGCAUAAGAAAUGAAUGCAUACUCUAUCGAUUUUUCAAGCAUUUGUUUUUAAAUUGGGACACUGUCAUUUUAAUUUUUUCGAAUUAUAUGUGAUAUUUUUAGUCUUAUGGGACAAAUAUUAUUCUUUAUUUUUUCUUUAAUUGACAACGGAUUUUUACUACUACUGGAAAUUUAUUUGGUAUUAUUGUUAUCAGAUUUAGAAUGCGAUUAUCUCAAUCCUCAAGAAUGUUGUCUACGAUUGAAUGCGUGCGUGACACCUCGACUUGGCGCGCAAUUUCUAUUGAUAAGCUUGCUAUUCAUAAGCGGUCAUUGGUGGCUGAGUUUGUCAAAUAUUCCAUUGCUAAUAUGGUUCAUUUACGAGAAAAUGACAGUGCCGAAAAAUAAUAGCGGUGUGUACGAUUUGUUAGAAAUCUACAGCAGAAAUGGUGUUCAAAAACAUAUGCUCAAAUCUCUGCUUAAUAUUUCGUGGUUAUUAGUAGCCUUAUCCUUUAAUAUGUACUUUGCGAUGCAAGCUUUAUUAUUUGAAGAUGAAAUGCAAGAAGAGCAAUUAAUCAAAUGGAAUAACACAGAAUAUUAACUUUAAAUUUUGUAAUUUUGUAAUUUUUCAAAGUGAUUUUUUUGUACUUACGACUUACGUACCUACUUAAUGCACUAACGAUGUUCAUUUUGUAUAAUGGUUUGAUAAAUCUGCUAGAUAGCUAUACCUAUCAAAUAGCUCCAAACGUAAUGAAAAACUGAAAAUUUUUAAUUUAAUUUUUUUAGAUAUGCACUGUUGCUUAUAUGUAGAUACGUACCUAUUACGUAUUUUACAAAAACAGCUUAAAUUGCAUUUCUCUCUCUCUCGUUUCAUUUUAUAAUAGGUAUACAUUUUUUUUCUUUCAAUAAGUGUAAGAAGAUUUCCCGGUUUAAAAAGCCUUGAUUGAAAAUUUAUUGUUAUAUAGCAACAUUAUUCAGAAAGGAAUAGAACCAAAAAUAUGUAAGUAACAUUAAAGCAGAUAUAAGAGUAGGUACUUGAUAGGUUGAUUUUAGUCUUACGUUAGCUGGAAAUGAUCAAAAGUAACCGAUAGGCGGGGAAAAAGUUUUGUAUAUUUUGUGUACCUAUGUAAUUUCCUAAAUGCGCUUUCUUUUAUUCUUAUUCUUUUUGUUUUUAGCAAAAUAGCCACACAGGUUGUUUGAAAUUGAAUUUUUCCCCAAUGACGUUUUUUGACAAAAUUUGGCAGCCUGAAGUAUAGAAAGUUGCAAGUCUACUCAUGAUAAUUGAUCAAAAAUUAAAUUUUCACAAUCAUCCAAAAAUCCUUCCUCCUUUCCCUGCAAUACCAAAUAACUUUUUCUAAACGUAAACACUUUAAUGAAUGCUUGAAAAUUCGUGCGGUUAAAAUCAUGACAUUUUUCAGCAGUCUCUGCCCCUCCUAUGUAAUUGUCGACUGAUUAAUUUUUAAAAAAAUAUUGAUCUAAACGGAGGCUUGGUUAAUCAUGUAAGUAAUGUAUGCUCUUCUUUUUACAUUUCGCAUGAUUUUAAUAUCCUUAAUUGUUACCACAUCUGUAUAAAUUAACGUUGCGAGUAUAGUCCAAAAUAGAAAUUUCAUAUCAUUCAAUGUACAGGGUAAGUUAAUUUAGGCUGACAAUGAGUAAAUUUCUUAGGUGCUGGAAUCGGCUUAAUUACUUAAUUAAAAAAUGUAAAGCAUUAAUUAGUUCAAAAUUUAAAUUUCUCUUACUUUCUGCAGAAAUAAAAUUGACGAAAAUGUAUGUGGACAUUCAGUACCAUAAUUAUAUAGGUACCUAGCUACUUUUUCAAGUUUGAAGUUAUUGCCUUUUAUAGAUUGAAAACUGUUCCUUACAAUCGUAUUCGUAUCAUCUGCGAUUGUAAUUUGUAACCAUUGGAAUUUUAGGAUGAAGCAUAGAUAUACAUAUUAUACGUAAGAGCUAUUGAUUUGAAGAAUGGAGUGAACAGGGUGUUCAAUUUUUUGUACCCCCAAGUUUUUGAAUCUGAGUAAAAUUUGAAUGAAUUAUUAAGAUUGUGGAGUUUUUUGAUAAAAUUGUAAGUUGCGAGGGUUUUCGGAGAUGGGAAAUUCAUUUGUUGAGUUUUUUUUAUCUCAACCCGAACAGAGACUCCUCUAUACGGGAAGAGGGGGAAGCAUGACUUUAAAAUGAAUAAAAAAUUGAAAUUUCACAAAACUAUAGAGUUGGGAGUAAAAUACAUGUUCUUGAACUCUCGAAUGCAUUUUUGAAGUUGUUUUGGACAAAAAAUGUGGAGAGUGCAUGAUUCGAUGGACUUACUCAGUUUUUUUCGUGGAUGUUUUUUUUUUCAAAGUCGUUUUUCAGUGCUCUGGGUAUGUUUUUUUUUGGAAAAACGAAUAAUAAUUCUAGGUACUUGUAGCCCUCGCCAAGACGAUCUCAAUUUUGAAAAAUUUGGACUUAUUGGGGUUUUCCGUGAACCCCGCCUAGACUCUUCAUAUGUGUGCAUCAGUGUAGAUUUAUUUUAAAUUAAAAACGAUUAGAAAAUUUCGAAUAUUACUUCCACCCAUUUCCCACACAUUUUCAAAGAGUAGUCUUAGGUUAUACCUUAUGGGCUACGCUACUGAUGAUUUUUACUUAAUUUUGUGAUUACCUACUUAAGCAUUGAGAUAUGCAUAUUUUUUAAAAUUUUACAUUCCUACUUUCACGUAAGUAUAAAGAAUAGAUUACCUACUUGUUGAUAUUUAUUUAUUGAAUAAUAUAUUUUAUUUUGUUUCUCAA